AGACGGUGAAGACAUAAAGGCCGCAGGCCUUGGUUUCGUCGUGCGCGCUACGUACUCAAAUAACUCGCAAAGGCCUAUAAAGCCCAUGGCUGAAACAAUCAUCCUUUCAUUGGCCCGACAAUAGAACCACUCCUCCUUCCCGAGCCCAUCGGCGGCGCCUCUCCUUCAGCCGGCAGCCACGAGACAACGGAAGGGGCCAGCCAUGGCGACGGCGGAGAACAAGAGGCCACGGAGCAGCGGCGGCGGCGUGGAGAGGCCGCUCAGUAGGAAGGAGAUAUUGGUGAGGAAGAAGGCCAUCAAAGAACUUAUAAGGAAAGCUGUAGCUGAGAAGGAUCAUCUUGCGCACUUCCCAGAUUUUCAUAAAUACGAGAGAAGCGGACGCCUACUGUUUGUUUCCUGGAUUCAGCUUUGGAAAUUCAACAAAAGAAAAUUGAAUGCAUCAUUAGGCCUUAGCAAUUGUUUUUCGAUCUACUUGGAGUCUGGGCAUGGCAAUCAGCUUCCAGUGCCAACGAGGAAGUACAUCCAAAAUCUUCUCAAGGCUAACAUGAAGGGAACUUAUGGAUCAGAAUGGCCUUCAGAAGAGAAAAUUAAGCGCCGGGAAAUGGUUGCCCCAGAAGCACGAUAUAUCCUGAUCUGCCAAUAUGCAGACAGUGAUAUUGCCAAAUGUUUCAUGAAGCAAGAUUCAGGGGUGGAAUGUGCACAUGUGACAUGCCGUGGAGGCCGCUUGCUUGGUUUUGUACACUACAGAUUUGUUGUUGAAGAGGAUGUUCCUGUUCUUUAUGUGUAUGAGCUACAAUUGGAGUCUUCUGUCCAAGGGAAGGGGCUGGGGAAGUUCCUAAUGCAGUUGAUUGAACUUAUAGCUUGCAAGAGCCAAAUGGGGGCCGUGAUGCUAACAGUUCAAAAAUCUAAUACAGAUGCUAUGGCUUUCUACAACAAUUUGGGAUAUGUAAUAUCCAGUACCUCGCCAUCACAAGUGGAUCCAUUGGUAUUACUUUACCAAGAAAUAGUCUCCACAAGAACAAGAUAUUCGUAUGUUGACUCCUUCAUUUCUCACAGAUUGGAAUUCAUAGAAGCUAUGAGAUCUUGUGCAAGACAUUUGAAUCUGAAGCCAAGUGCAAAUUGGAGGAAGGCAACUAAUGCACGGGGGAACACAAUACGACUGUGGUUCUACCUCUAUCUAUGGUUGCAUAACAAGCUCUGGCGCGAUGCAGCAGCCCAUGUUUGUGUGAUUUAUUUGGAGUAGUACAGGAUGUUUGGUUUUAUAUCUUUCAGAGCCAAGGUUUGCCGUACCAAACUUGUGAAUAUUUGUUCCAUUGGCAACUUUGAUCAUAUUUGCCUACCAUUAAUUAGGUUUGAUGGCAAAAA